AUGAAGGCUCUAGGCAGAAAAGCCCGGCGCAUAUGGCGCAGACUCAACAGGUCAUCCCCAGCCAGCCAGACUCAGCCCCGGAACUCGACUGAAUCGAAUAUAUGCCUGUCUGUUCAACCCGCGCCGGACGCAAUCCGCGGCAAUAUCAUUGGGGGGGCCGAAGGGGUCCCUGGCGAGAAGUCGCUCAAGAACUGCGACGACGGGAGCAACCACCUCUACCUCACCUCGGACGAAACCCAACCUAUUCACGCCAGGACCAACGCUGACCAGGGUACCUCGGUUCUCCAUGCCGGCGAGCUGUUUUCCGGCGACGAGACGCGCCCGCUGGCCAACAAGAAGGAGGUGAAGGAGGGCGUCGUAGACCACCAUAAGGUCACGGCGAGAGAGAGCCUAAAGAAAAUGGAGGCCGCCUUGCGAAACGCUCGCGAAGUUCCCUUCAAUGAAACCGUGACGAAGUACUUCAUCCCGCUCUCCACUUUGAAGAGCAUUUUGUCGUACGAUGCAAUCAAAGCAGUCCUUCCCGCCAUAACGGACGAAUCUAGAGUGCCGACGAACACGCUCGGGACCCUGGCCAAUAGAAUCUUGAGCCUAACUCAAGAGGGUUCAUCGGGGCUUCCAUCGUUCUACAAUGUCUUUGCCGUUCUUGUCUUGAUCGGAAAGGCAGAGACUAUUGUGGAUUUCAUGGACGAGGAGAUCUCAGACGAUAAGCUUCCACUGAUGAAGCUAGACACGGGUCCCAAGGGCCCCUAUCGCCUGGGUCUCAGCCCAGACGGGACGCCAGUUCAUCUCUUUGUGCAAUGGGUGGACCGCCUUGUUGAGAAUUUCGAGGACAGGCAGUGGGAAACGCAAGCUCCGUACUUCUCCAUAGAAACCCAGAACGACUCCGAAGUUCCCCACUAUGAACUCUCAAUACGGAUACCCCUUCCGUUUCACAUCAUCAAGGAGGCGGAUGGCAACACGAACAAGAUCAAGCUCGGUGGAGGCGCUAACCAGGCUGACUUGAUUUCCGGCGAGUCGAGAGAGGCAAUGUCGGGAGGUUACGGAGUGGUUAAGAAGGUGACAAUCAACCCGCAACAUCACAGCAUGAGAGUGCGGGAUGGACCCGACAACCCGCGCAUCGCCAUCAAGCAGCUAUACUCGACCGACAGAAAGGCUUUUAAGAACGAGGUCGCGGUACUCACGAGGCUUAACGAGUGCAAGGACCCUCACCUCGUGAAGCUCAUCUUCACUAUGGAAAUCCUCCACAGCAGCCCCGAGACAGAGCUGACGCGCGCUUUCUAUCUCGUCUUUCCGCUCGCGGACAAGAACCUACGACGGUACUGGCACAGCACAGUUUCCACCUCCAAACACGCCCAGUGGGUUUGCCGACAGUGUCUAGGGGUCGCACGUGCACUUUCGAAGCUCCACGAUCUUCACGAGAUGAAAAGCCACGGCAAGACGGCCGAGGCCGACAGCGCCCAAGCCCAAGAAAAGAAGACCGGAGGCGGUGAUCCGUACUACGGGAUCCACGGCGACAUCAAGCCAGCUAACUUGCUGUGGUUCAAAGAGUGGGAUAGAGACACGAGCGUCGCAGAUGUCAUGGAAUCUAUGGGCGUCCUCCAGCUGGCAGACUUUGGCAUUACUAGGAUCCACCACACGGACUCGCGAUCCAACGCGGACCUGACCAAGGCCACCAAGACGUAUGCGCCACCAGAAGUCGAGUGGGCGGGCGACUCUUGCUCCCGAUCGUUUGACAUCUGGAGCCUAGGCUGUGUGUUCCUCGAGUUCAUCUGCUGGCUGGUCUUCGCCGAUGGCAGCAACAAGCCCGACCCAGUCGAUACCUUCCGCGAGGCCCGGAAUCUCGAUCGAAAGAACAAGAGCGUCGAGGGCGCUAUCCAGGACACGUUCUACCAUGUCGUCAAGGGCGAGAAGAAUACCCGCUUCGAAGUUAACCCAGCCGUCGAGGAUCUAAUCAAGGAGGUGAAAUCGCACCCAGCGUAUUCCGACUUCAUCAGGGACUUCCUGCAAUUGAUCCUGUACGAGAUGCUUGUCAUCGAGGACGUAAAGGGAUCCAUCCCUGUGAAAACUACGACCACUGGCAACAAGCGCAUCGACUCCUUCAAGCUCACAUCCAGGCUUACCGCUAUUCUUGGCAAGGGCGACUCGAACAGCGAGUAUUUUGUCAAGUCAAGCCCACGGUCACAAAGGCCCGACGGGAAGCUGCCUCGGGCUGUCACCCUCCCCCAAACAGCCAAGAGCUUGAUACAGGUCAAAAGACAGUCCAUGGGCCGCACGUAA